ACUUCAAAGAUGUCCUACCCAUCAACUCUAGAGAUAAUUGGUGGUGGAGGAGGUUCUUCAUUUUCAUUUACGGGUGAGAACAAUGGUGCCAGUUUAGAGAAGAUCGGGGUCUGGGUGGGAGGAUCUCAGGUGAAGGCUGUGAAAGUUUGGCUUUCAGAUGGCAGAAGUGAUAGCUUUGGAUAUCCAUCUGGACCGUAUCAGGAGUACACGUUCCAGCCUGGUGAGUGUUUCACCUCACUGUCCCUCUGGGGGAACGGAGCAGGAACACGUCUUGGAGCCAUCAAAUUCAAGACCAACCAUGGUGGAAACUUUUUUGCAUCAAUGACGAGCUGGGGUUUAAAAACCGAAUAUCCCAUAGAUGUCGGCUCUGGUUAUUGUUUGGGAGUUGUAGGAAGAUCUGGUGCAGAUAUUGACUGCAUGGGAUUCAUGUUUCUCAAUGCAGUUCAAUCAACAGUUCUCACCAAUGUCAACUAUCCCACAAUAAACCAACUGAUACCACAGGUGACCGUGGAAGAGAUCAAAUCUGUCACUUACAGAAAUGGCUCUUCUGCCGAACAACCACAAAAAAUUGAAACCUCGAAGAAAGUGACCAAAACAUCUUCAUGGUCGAUGACUAACAGCUUUACAGCAACAUUUAGUGUGGAAGUGAAGGCAGGGAUUCCAGAUGUUGUAGAAGUUUCUACAGGAUUCAGUUUCACCAUUGGAACAGAAAGCACCUAUAGGCUGGAGCAGACCGAUGAGAGAACCGAAACGCUAUCUAACACUAUAAAUGUGCCACCUAAAAAGAAGAUUGAUGUUGACAUCACCAUCGGCAGAGCCACGUUUGACCUGCCAUACACUGGCACAGUGAUCAUCACUUGCAAGAACGGCAGUGUGUUACAGUAUGAAACCCAGGGUCAAUACAGAGGCAUCACUUACACCGAUAUCAAAAUGGAUAUUCAAGAAUCUGAUCUGUGA